GGACACUCCUGCGCCCGGAGCCGUGGCCUGUGACCCGGCUCUGGCACCACCCUUUCUGCACUGACUCUCCAGCACAGCACGAUGGCGAGCGGCCCCUGGGAGGAUCACGGCCAGGGGACACAGGAGCACAUGGGGGAGCCGGAGCUGCGCCUGUUACUCGUCGGGAAGACCGGUGCAGGGAAAAGCGCAACAGGGAACACCAUCCUGGGGCAGGUGGCCUUCGAGUCGCGCCUGGCGCCACGGGCAGUGACGCAGACGUGUGCCCGGGAGAGCCGGCUCUGGCAGGGCCGCAGGGUGGUGGUCACCGACACCCCAGACAUGUUCGACUCACCGGAGCGCAGCGCCCAGUCCUGCUACGAGCUCGCCCACUGCCUGCUGCUGUCGGCACCGGGGCCGCACGUCCUGGUGCUGGUGACCCAGCUGGGCCGCUUCACGCAGGAGGACGAGGAGGCAGCCCGACAAGUGUGGCAGGUGCUGGGGCACGAGGCUGCGAGGCACGCCGUCAUCCUCUUCACCCGCAAGGAGGACCUGCGGGGUGGCUCCCUGCAGCGCUACCUGGCGCACCCCAGCAACGCCGCCCUGCGGGGGCUGCUCCAGGCCUGCGGGGGACGGUGCUGCGCCUUCAGCAACCGGGCGGCCGGCGCCGAGCGCGAAGCCCAGGUCGAGGAGCUGCUGGUGCUGGUGCAGCGGGUGCUGGAGGAGAACCAGGGCACCCAUUACACCAACAAGCUCUACUUCCAGGCCACGCGGCUCCUCAGCUGCAACGACAUGGAUUUCGAAGAGAAAUGCAAGUGCAUUGCUGAGCAAGUGGAGCAGCAGCUGAAGGGCCAGCAAGGAGCAUCAGGGAUCCUAGGCAGGCUCACACGGUGUGUGCAGGGGCUGUGCUGCAAACCGUGCGUGUGGUGCCUGUGCUGCUGCUGCCGUUUCACCAUGGCACUGGUCCUGUGUGUUGUGCGCUUUCUGUGGCAGGCGUUCCUCCAUGGUU